AACAGCUUCAUUAAUAAUUUGAAUCAUGGAAUAUCCGAAUCAGCAUCCUUAUCCACCACAACCCUCUCCCUCUGCACCGAUGCUGCCUGUCCCUGUCGCCGUGAUCGGUCCUCAGUAUUGUGCUCCGUACCCCAUAGAUCUGGCUAUUGUCAAGAAGGUCAUGACCAUUGCGGAUGGUAGCUUCGUUGUCACCGACAUCAAUGACAACGUUGUCUUCAAAGUUAAGGGUUCUGUCUUAUCUCUCCGUGAUCAACGAGUCUUGAUUGAUGCCGCCGGCAAUCCCAUCGCAACCCUACGCCGGAAGAUAAUGACGGCACACGAUCGAUGGCAAGCCUUUAGGGGCGAAAGCACAGAUCCAAAAGAUCUAAUUUUUACUCUGAAGCGCUCAUCCCUGAUCCAGUUUAAGACUAAAUUAGAUGUGUUUUUAGCCCAUAACACCACCGAAAAUGUUUGUGACUUUAAGGUCAAAGGUAGUUGGAUGGAACGAUCUUGCAUUGUUUAUGCUGGUGAAUCUAACGCCAUUGUUGCCCAGAUGCAUAAAAAACAUACAGUUCAGAGUAUUGUAAUGGGGAAAGAUCACUUCAUGGUCACUGUGUAUCCCAACAUUGAUUAUGCGUUUAUAGUAGCGCUAAUCGUGAUUCUUGAUGAGCUUAAUGAUGAUGCAAAGGAUGAUUAG